GUGUCCGUCGCUUGACUCUGCUUCUUUAUGUCCGCGGUGAAGGGACGGCGACGAGAAGAGGGGAGGCUACGGUUGAGAGACUUUGAACGUCACUGGCAUUAAGAGCCCCUCCGCUGGCUGCGUUGGUAAAAGAGAGUUUUCAGAACUUCUGUUUUCUCUCCGGCAAGUUUUCUUCGGUGGGGGAAAAAAAAAAGACUUAAGAAAACUCAGAAAGGCGGCAAUCUCUGCGGUUUCCACCCCUUCCAGGACAGGAUGCUGUGUGACAACAAUCCAGGCUUGGGACAUGAGAUGUGAGAUUCCCACUGUGGUCCUUGUUACUUGCUGCCCCCAUGGUUUUGCUGGUUCUUACAAAAGAAAUUGAGAAGUUGAGAAAGAGAGAUGGUAGAAGACAAAUCAGCUCAAUAAUAUUGAUUUCCCAGCUUUGCACACAUUGAGUCAGACAAGUGCAAACACUGUUUUAAUGACCAUUGCUGUUCAAAAAGAGAAACUGGGAUACUCACCCAAACCUGCAAGAAACAAAUUGGAUAAGUAGCUACAUGAAAACUGUGAAGGGUCACUGUCAAAUUGGACUAGGGAAAACAGUGUAAAUUAGACAACAUUGUUCUGGAAGAAACCCAGAAGUUCCACAAUAGACCUAUUUUUUAUUCUUUGUUAAAUAAUCUAGAAGAAAGAACAACAGUUAAAGAAAACAUAAACAAUGGGGGCUGCAGGUGUGUGACCCUUCUUAAGUUACACCCCAUACACUUCCAGAUUAACAUCAACCUUUUCUGAAGGACACGUUGAAUUUCUGGGUUGGGUUUUUUUCAACUGGCUAAGAAAUGAGUCUUGGGAAACUACCCGUGAUUGGCUGGGUGUCUGGCUCACACAGCAAACGUCGAUUCAAAACAGAAUUGACCUCGGACAUGAUCAGCCCACCACUGGGGGACUUUCGUCACACCAUGCAUGUGGGACGUGGUGGGGAUGACUUUGGAGACACUUCUUUCCUUAGGAACCAUGGUGGAGAGGAAGUCAAACCCCACAAUUUCUUUGCUCGGACAUUGUGGCAUGUGAGGAGGAGCCCGCUAAGGAACCGGGGAAGCCGAAACAAGGAUCAGGAUUCAUCUGCACCUCCUGCCAUCUCACCCAUCAUCAAGAAUGCUGUGUCCCUGCCUCAGCUCAAUCAGAGCCACUAUGACAGCGAUGAUCUUGGUAUAGCAUUUGGCUUCAAGAAACCCCCAACAAGCUUCUCUGACUAUGGACUAGAAUCUGGAUUCUGCACCAUCCCACGUGUUCCCCGGUCUGAGAAGCCUCCCGAGAACUCCCAUUCUGCUGAAUCCCAUCCUGCUGAGUCCCAUCCUGCUGAAUCGGCAUUGCAGCGUUCAGAUUCCUUUCUGUCUUUCCGCCUGGACCUUGGGCCCUCUCUCAUGAGUGAACUUCUUCAUGUCAUCAGCUUCUCAGGAAGCAGCAGCUCUGACUGCAAGGAAAAGAAAGAAUGCGAAGAGAGGAAACCCCCAAGCAGCAGUGAGCCCCACUCUUCCCUUCACAUCAAGAGAAACUGGUCAGAGGAUUCACUACCUGGGAAGUCAGGAUCUUGUCAUGGUAAUAAUAAUGAAGAAAGCCAAAAUGUAUCAAGCCUUUUGGAUUACUCCGAGCUUAGAUCACCUUUGGGACAUUUGGCCUAUGCCAACGGGGAUUCCCAUUCUAUAGAGAUGUCUGAGGAAGGGUCUCCCUGUUUGAGAAGCAGGAGUUCUAGUUCUGAAGGGUACCACAAGGACUGUAACAUGGAAGCGCAAGAAUUCAACCAUGCUGCCCGUAUCUUAGCAUGCCAUUAUGGGGCAGGAAGCACUUACUGCAGUCCAUCUCCACAAGAAGAUCCCAGGAGACAAGCCUCAUGGGAAAGCCCAGUUGCCAACUCAUGGCACUUGAAAGUAGGUGCACCUGAGCAACAGGAAUGUUCUACCAGAUGGCGACAAAGAGGAGAAGAGGAGGAGGAGGAAGAGGAGGAGGAAGAAGAAGAGGAGGACCACAAGAAGUCUGACAGUGAUGAAGAAACCAUUGUUAGAGAGGGACACAGUGAUUCUUUUGAAUAUGUUGAUGAAGAGGAUGAAGAUGAAGUUAAGGUUUGAACGGACAUAUAUGUUCUCUUGUGGCCUCUUAGGAGAUAUCAGAGCAAAAUGAAACAAUGUAAAGCUAUCUGGCAUUCUGGAUAUGUGCAGAUUCACAAGGUUAGCCUUCUUUCCAGAUGAUCUACUGUAUGUCAGUGUUUCCCAAACUGGUGUUUUCAGGCACCAGUUUGAAUUCCCAUAGAGUGAUACGUUCUACCACCCUUACAGAGUGCCAGGCUAGGAAAGGCAGAUGGAGGACGGAACUCAUUUCUCUAUCUUGGUCUCUCUCCUCCUCCCUGCUUUGUGGGUUUAAAAAAAGAAAUUGGAAAAUGGAACAAUUUAGAGCAAACACCAAAGUAUUAGUUGCUCUUUUGUGGCAGCUGACAGUUAAAGAUGUGUAUAACUUCACAUGCUCCUUCCUUCCCAUUGGCUGACUGAUUUCAUCAUGACAGAUGAUACCAUUAUUUUUCUAUUCCCUAGAAAUAAAAACAUUUAUACUUAAGAAUAGAGACCACUGAGACCUUUUAUAACUAUCUCUAUCAAAUAACUAUAAGGAAAAAUGCCAGUUAAAAAAGAACAGUCUAGAAAGGGGAAGAGAAACCGUACUUCCAUUGAGACAAUAUUUUCCUAACUGUCUUGUGCUGAAAAUAAAGAUCAACUCAACUGUUUUUCCAAUCCAAGAUACUGGGACACCAGCUAGGCAGGAUGGUUCCUCUCCUCUUUUUACAAGAAACACAGAAUUUGGAUUGGAUCUGAAACCAGUUCAACAACACACUGACCAUUUUUCCUGCACCGGAAACCCUGAUUGAGAUAGGGUUAUUUGUUGUUUAUUAUACACCCUCAGAAGGAAAUGUAACCCCAAUCUGCCAAUUGUGAUCAUUCCAUGGAAUCUGUAUUUUAAGCUUCUUGUUGUUUUGUAUACUUCCAGAGAGUGCCCAGAAUUCAAUUUAUGUUAAGGAUCUAAUUUACCGACAUGGAGGGCUGAAAUACAGCUUUCCAUCCUGUACCUCCUCAUUCAGGCAUUAGCAACGCAAAGCCUUAAGUAAGAGUUUGUUUCUAGCCCUUAUAGCUUUGCAUAGUUACUGCAGCAGCUUAUCCACAGUGGUUGUUCAGGAAGAAAAGGAAAUUAUUUCUCAAGCUAAAAUCAGAUUCUAAAACAGGGCUGCUUUUCAUGCUUCCAUGUUCCCAAAAAAAGAGGAGAGUUUACAUGUUAUCUUGGAAGCCUUCCAGGUAGCCCCUGAAUUUGCUGCUACUGCCAUAUACGAGGCUGUGGGUUAGCUGAGUAGAACACAAUGCCUGCAAUCAUUCCACUUCCCAAUUAUGAUAUAGCAUGGCUUAAACAGGGAGGACAGCAUGCAUAAAGUCACCCUUGCACAUUUCCCUUUUCCUUUAAAACGCGUAUAUCUGCCACAACUGAACACUCUUGGACGCUCUUCUCCAUACCAGGGAAAGAGAUGCCAUGAAAUCUAAAAAUGCAGCCUUGCAUGUCUUUGGCCACGCGCUCUACCAACAUACUUCUGCCCUUCUGCCCACUGAUAGAAAUAACUUUCAUUGGUCAGGCAAUACUCCCCUUCCCCCUUUGUCUCAGACCAUUCAGACAACCAUAAGUUAUACCCUCCUUAAGAGAAGGGGGUUUCUUUCAAAUUCUCCUUGAGGGGUGAUCAGACCACUUAACCUGCUGAUUAAGUAUCUCAGUAUGCACUUUAUUCUCACAGCAACAGUUGACCACCCUCAAAAGGAGAAAAAAUGGGUAAACUUUUUCCCUCUGGCUAAUUAUAGUGAUGACCAUUUUUUUACACACAGAUAUUUUGGAAGCAUCCCUAGUUGAGAUAAGUCAGUCUGAAUCAUGUCUUUGUGCUCAUUUUGAAGGGGGUCUCAGACAGUUCUGUUGGCUGGGAAAGAAGGGUUGUCUUGUCCUAGACAUGGAAGAACAUGAGAACUAGGCUCCUCACUCCCCCUUCCCCUACAUAUUUUCAGAAGAUACUCAUACAUUGCCCUCUUGCAGCUCCCACCCAUCUGCCUGCAUUUUUCCCUGACCAAAUCACUCUCUCAAGGAACUAUUCAGCUGAGAAACCAAAGUGAAGAAGUAGAUGUCAUACAGCAAAUUCUUUAGGGGAUUAGCAGCUGUGAAAAAGAAAUGUUGCCAAAGGAUCACUGAGUAGCAGUGAGAUUUCUCCAAUCAACUGAAAUCAUGUUUUAAAAGCUGGCAUAAGUAUGUUUGAAUAUUCUUCCUUCCCUCAGAAAGAUUCCCCGAAGUUGUUCCUUUGGGUUGGUUUUAGCUAAGCAAACCAAAGUAAAACAUAGUACAUGGAGAUUCAAACCUCCAUGAUAAUUGAUCAUUAAGAUAAGGUGAUAAUUAGGAUUUUUUCUUCUUUACCAAUAUCUGCAUUACUGGUAGGGUAUCUUUUUGCAGCCAAAGACUAGCUCCUUGGGGAUAAUUGAGGGGGCACAUAGACACGGGUAAAUAAUUAGUGGGAUCCAAGACUCCAAAAAGAUAUGUACAUUUAUUUUGUCUCUGACACUCAUUGUCAGUUUUUGGUUUACUUACUACCACCUUUCCCACUCUCUUCCAAGUAACAGGCUAUAGAUAAAGGAAGAUCUCUCUUAACCAGAAGUUUGAAGAAAUCACUUUUACCAGGAGUGUUAAACUCGCGGUGUCACAGCAGUGUCACAUGACAUAUUGAGACUUUUUUUCCCCUUCGCUAAACCGGGCCUGCAGGCCAUGAGUUUGACAGCCCUGACUUACACCCUGUGAUAAGAAUGCAAACUACCCACCUCGGUUAUAAUAUCCUAGUGAGUACAGAUAGCCCUCAUUUAACAACCUCUUUGUUUGGCAACAAUUCACACUUGCAACAGUCGUCAUGAAAAAGGAACAGUUGUGACCAUUCCUCACAUUAAUGACCUUUGCGGACCUGUAAAGCAAAAGAAAGCU